AUGCCACCUCGCUGGUUUGAGAAAGUCGAACCCAAGGCCAAAGGUGUUCAAGCAACGGGUCCGUCAAUUUGCGGGGAAAUCAUUGGGGAAAGUGCUCAGCAUUGGCAGGUUCGUAUCUUCGCCUUCUUCGCCAUAUCUCCUUGGAGUAGCAGAACAGUCUUUACCUUGACCAGCCCCGAAUUCAACAAACCAGUCAACAUGCAGUUCGCCAAUUUUACCCUCGCCACUGUCUUGAGUAUUCCUGUCUCCUAUGCGAAUCCACUCGCAGAGACCAAAAACUGCGGAUGUCCUCGCAAGUGCCCUAAGCCGGACAAGGUUAAAUGCAUAGACGGCGAUAAACACUACAAGAUCGCGAAGCAAUACCAGUUUUUCGUGGUAUGCGAUAACACAGUUCUAGCACACGGUAGUGAUACAACAGUUGAUACAUGUGUCCCUCAGGAUUUCGACUGCAGUACUUUAUAA